AGUGUGGAAUAGUGUAAAAGUCAAAAUAUGUCGACUAAUAAAAAAUAUAGGUAAUAUAUGAGUGUGUCAUAACUCAUUGAGGAUACAUUUCAUUUCAAAAGUUUAUGAUUAAUAUGACAAUAUGUUACAAUGUGUCAAUGUUACAUUGAGCCUCUUUCGUAACCGACAUUUAAUGCAUCAUUGCAUGCAAAGAUUAGAACGUGCAAAUGUGAAAUCAAAUGAGGUUGCAUUAUCAGGCUGCACAUGAAUGGCUAAUCUUGAACAAUCAUCAUGAUAGAUUCAAUAAUUUUGAAUUCAGUGGAAAUCCAUGCAUUAUUAGCUGAUCUUAAUUAAGGUUUUUUUUUAGUGCGCUCUCCAUAACUUUCAAUAUAAAUAUCCCAGGCCAAACACAAUAUUAAUGUCAUGUUCGGUGGUAUACCAUAAGUAGGUCAAAAUACUUGUUGGAAAAAUUAGGGAUUUUGAACAAGGUAUUGAUUUCGAUAGUAGUUAAUAGUAGAGGUAAUAUUUGAAUCGCUUUUCUCAAAUGUAAAAAAAAAUAUUUUAGGGUUAAAAGUAUUAGCUCAACUUUUAAAAGGUACUUAUUGUCGCUAGAUUACCCUUGCACACUUAAAUUUCAAUAUAAACAUUAUGCUGCUCAACUUAAUACUUAUAAUUGAAAAGAGCGAUAUAACAUAUGUAUGCACUAUGCUCAUUACGUGACACUCUAUCUAAUUUGUACUAAUUGUAUCCCGCUAUAGUUAAACCCACUACCUUUUGAUUGUGAUUUUUUUUUGGACAAAUUUGAUUGUGAUGGUUGAACUACAAAAACAUUAAACUCACCUUUUUUUGUUUUACGGAUAACUCAUCUUAAUACUUAUAAUUGAAAAGAUUCAAAAGUAUCGAAUGAAAGACAUAUGCUAUGUUUCACUCUUAGUCUCUUACCCAACUUAAAACUCAAUUUAAUUCAAGUUACCCACCCAUAUGAAUUUCGUCUCCUUCAUCUAGAUUAGCUCUUUCCGUCCACUAUGAAAGCUCUUGAAAUAAAUUGACAAUAUCAGUUUGGUCAUCCUUCAUCGUCAAUAAUUCAAUUCAAGAUUCCAUAACUCAUACCUUCAUCACACAUCCCAUCAUUUAUCAUUUCUUACUUAACUUUAUUACUAAUUUUAUUUAUUUACUCUUGUCGAUUUAUAAACAUCACCACAAAAACACAUAUAAAAACGGAUGUUCUAAAUGUAGUAGUAAACUAACUAAUGUAGAUUAAUAAUAUAUAAAUCAAUGCUAUCACAAGGGUUUUGUAUAUUAGCAACCACUUAAUUUAAAUGACUUACAAAAAUUAAAAUGGCACUAAACCUAAUUCAAAACCCAACAUAUAUAUGUGGCCAAAAAUGAUUUGUCAUUAUAUGCUCACUCAAUUUUAGCUUGUGGAGUAGUCAUUUAAUUUUAGCAACGACAAUUUCCCAAUAUUUUUGUCGUUCUUUGCACCUUGAUAUCAACUUUCAAGGCUGACAUCGUCCAUCAAUUUAUUUAAUAAUGUCAUGCGUAGCUUUCCAGAAUUUAAGGCCAUAUUUGCUAAGUUGAUGAAUAAUACGAAGUAAAGCAUUAUAAGCAUAUUUUAUUAUAUAAAUGACAUAGACAAUAUGUGCACUAUAUUAUGAAACAAAAGAGUAUAAUUUAACAUAAAUGCUUACCGUGAAGAAAAUUGACAUGCAUGGUGCAUGACUGCAUGUAUAAUUCACGCAUCUAAUCAACUUCAUGUAAUAAUCUUACAUUCUUUACAUAAUUCUUAUUAAAUUAUUUAUCAAAAUAAUCCCUAUUUUUUAUUACUUUUAAUGUCAUUUAAGAUCUUGUUCUCAUAAUUCUACUAGUGAGCAGCCCGGGCGUUGCCCCGGAUUGCUAUUGUUGUAGCCGUUUAAUCGAUAAAUUUUUUUAAAGGCUUUUCAAAAUUGAAAUUGUGAUCGUCAAACAAAAAUUGAGUUAUUUUUUGAGUCCUUUCUUUUACAGUUAUACCUUGUGGUUUGCACUUAUGUAUAUUUGUGUACAUAUUAUUAACAUAGUAGGUAAUUGGCUUAGUUGAUUAAAUAACCACCUUUGUUAUAAGAGGUUGUGGGUUCGAAUCCUAUACAAAAAGAACUACGUGGCAUAUCGACGUUUUUAGAAACACCUUCUAAUUUAUCACAUAGUAGUAAGUAUAGGACAUAUCAAAUAAAUGUGUAAGGAAUACUGUGCUAGCUAGUUUGAUACAGUAUAUUAAAAAAAAGCAUGACCUUUUCCUUAAAAAAAAAUAAUUAAAAAAAUGACCUUAUAUUUGGAUUAUAUAUAAUAUUAUAAUGAUUUACUCUAAAUAAUGCUAUUCCAAACAUAAUUAUUAAACGUUGAACAUAUUUUAUGUUCUUGGAUAAGAUUGAGUAUUUAAAAAGGGAAUGGCAACAAACUGUUGAACAAUGGUCCCUAACUUAUCACAAGCCUAUUUUCCUUGCAAAUUUACGUGUUACAAUUUUCUUGUCUUUCUAUGAAAUAUUUCUCUAGCUACCUAAUAUAUUACUGUCUUUUAUUGUAAAGUCAAGCAAGCUAGGAAAAAAACCGUUGUAUAUAUGUGCAAUUUAAAUUUGUAAAGCAAAUAUGUGAGGUUUCGUAAUCAACAUCACUAUUAUCUUCUCUAGUUAAAUGUUAUAAAGGAUUCUAACUCCAAACCAUGAAUGUGUUGAUAUUUGAUUGGCAUGAAUACGAUUGCUAUGCAUUGUAUGUAGACAAAAUUGUAUCGCAAUUUAGGAGGUAUCUAGGCCAGUGAAUACUAGAAUAAGUAAGUAAUUUUUGUUAAUUUAAACGAUACUUCGUAACAUUCACGGUUCAAGAUAUCGCUUUUUUUUUUUUUUUGAGGAAGUUUCAAGACAUCACUUACUAUAUACAUAAAUUUGUUAAAGUAUUGUCAAUAAUUUGAAGGCUAUUAAGCUAAUUAAACCUUAAUUAUCAAUCUUACCACUUAAUGAUUCCCAAACUAGGAUUAGGAACAAAAGAAAUUAUUAAAUCAACUUGCAAGAGCUAAUUAAUGAGCUAAGUUACUACCUAUUUCCAUAAGUUGGUGGUUCCCAAAUAUUUUGGGACAUUGUUACUUAGGUAUACUUACUAUCCUUCCACCCUCAAAUUAAACGUUACUUCUCUUAGCUUUUGGCUUCUUAUACGUUUAAUAUUAGAACGUGGUAUAACUUAAACAUGCAUGAAAAUUGACAAAUAACUAUCCUAUAUCAAGAACCAAUUUACAUACACAUAUAAAUAAGAAAAGAGAGAAAUAUCAUAGAAUUAUUAUUACUUCAUAAACAUUGGUGUGUAAUGGAGGGUGAAGUUUAUCAGAAACCAAUUAAAGGAGCUCAUGUUUUAGUACUCUCAUACCCUUUACUAGGCCACAUUAACCCUAUGCUUCAAUUCUCAAAACGCUUAGCUUCUAAAGGCCUUAAAGUCACCGUAAUCACCACCACAAGUAUCUCCAAUCGAUUAUGCCCCCAAACCACGGGUGAUUCCUCGUGUAACAUCGAGUUUGUACGUGUAUAUGAUGGUUAUGAGGAAGAACCCGAUAAAGUAGACGUAGAAGCAUACCUUAAUCGUCUAAGGGUGUCUAUAUCCCUUAGCUUGUUUAAACUUCUUGACUAUUACAAGCAAAAUAGUAUAAAUUUUUACCCUACACCAAAAAUGGUUAUUUAUGAUGCUUUUAUGCCUUGGGUGUUACAAGUGGUAAAAAAGAGUGGACUUGAAGGGGCUCCUUUUUUUACACAAUCUUGUGUGGUUAAUUCUAUUUACUAUCAUGCUUAUAAAGGUGAUUUGAUCACUUCUCUAAGCGGGUCGGAUCUUGUGUCUCUACCUUCAAUCGGGUCACUGUUACGGGUUGAUGAUUUGCCUAGCUUUGUUUCAACUCCUAGCUUAUAUGCAAAUGCAUUGGUCAAGGUUUUGUUGGAUCAAUUCUCAAAUUUGGAGGAGGUGAAUUGUUUGUUUGUUAAUACCAUGGAUGUCUUGGAGAUCAAGGUAGUAGAUUGGAUGGCAAGUCAAUGGGCUGUGAAAACAAUAGGACCAUGCAUUCCUUCAAUGUACUUGGACAAGAGGUUAGAAGAUGAUAAAGACUAUGGUCUUAGUCUUUUCAAAGCCCAAACUGAUGCUUGUAUCCAAUGGCUUGAUGCAAGAGAAAGUGCCUCUGUGGUCUACAUAUCAAUGGGUAGUUUGGCUUCCCUUGGAGGUGAACAAAUGGUAGAAAUAGCAAAGGGUUUGGAAAAAAGUAACAAGUUUUUUCUAUGGGUUGUUAGGGCUUUGGAAGAAAGUAAGCUUCCUUUGAAUUUCAAAGAAAAGACAUCAAAUAAAGGUUUGAUUGUCAAUUGGUGCCCUCAACUUGAGGUUUUGGCUCACAGUGCCUUGGGUUGUUUUGUGACACAUUGUGGAUGGAACUCGACAUUAGAGGCUGUUAGUUUAGGAGUUCCAAUGGUUGCAUUCCCACAAUGGACCGAUCAACCUACUAAUGCCAAAUGUAUAGUUGAUUUUUGGAGGACUGGAGUUAGAGUGAAGGUAGAUGAUCAGGGUUUUUUGAAUUCUGAUGAAUUAGAGUUCAGUAUUCGAGAGGUUAUGGAAGGAGAGCGUGCAAAAGAGAUUAGAAGUAAUGCAACAAAGUGGAAGCAACUCACUAAAGAGGCAAUGGAAGAAGGUGGUAGCUCUGAUAGGAAUAUUGAAGAAUUUAUUGCAAAAUUGUUAAGCUAUUCUUAGAUUCAAACUUUGUAUGAUGUUUUAUGUAAGAAUGGUCAUAAGAUUUUUGUUUUAUUGAACUAA